UCUGUGGAUAUCAGGUGUCGUCUUUUCCAUCGCUCAUUAACAUAGUCCAAAACUAGUCUGGAGCACAAUGAAGCCAGCCCAUGAACGUAAUCAAGAGUGCCUCCCUCCUAAAAAGCGCGACCUUCUGGUCAAUGCUGUCACCACCACUACCACCAGCAGUAGCAGUAAUGCUGGAGGCAGUGGUGUUGGUGGUGGUGGUGGGGGAGAUGAAAUCACAACUUCACAAAGCUCUGGAACCAGUGGAGAACCCCAGGGUGGAGGGGGCAGCGUGGAAUGGGUGCGUGCUCAGCCUAGCUUGCAUUAUGGGACAGAGGGGCCAGAAAGCAUGGGUGGUAUACCUGUGGAUCAAUACAGCAUGCUUUACAAAGUAGCUCUCCCUUCAGUCACCUACUCUCCCACUAGCCUCCAUCCUGUGCUCAGCCAUAUUUCUCCCGCCUACACGGUUCCUUCACCACUCCUACAGCACACUGGCAUCCCAUACCCCUCUCUCAGCUAUGCCCCAAUCCCUCACUCCUCCCUUCAGUUUGUUAGCCCACCUUAUGCAGCCGCUGUUCCUUAUGCAGUACCGGGAUUUGUGCCUAGUUCCUUGAUAUCAGCUCAGUCCGGCAUCCCUCAACCUCACCUGGUGCCAUAUCCAUCAGUUAUUCAGGAAGGUCUGGUCUCAUCUCCCCCACAACAUCAGGUGGCGGCCCAUGCUUACACCAAAGUUGCGGAUCCAGGAGGUGUCCCACUGGUGCUUGCCCCUGAGCAGGCACCCACACAGCAGCAGCUAGGUGCUAUAGGUAUGAUGCCCAUGGCAGAACUCAAUUCCAGGGGAGUUCCCAUCUUCUAUCACCCCUCCAGCAGUGACAGGGCUGUGCUACCUCAUAGAGAAACACACGGUGGCUCAGUGGAGCAGGAAAGAGAGGUGAACGGAGGGGAUAGGGAAAACGGAGGCAGAGAGUCCCAGCAAGAUGUGGUCUAUGUGUCAAGAAAUGCACGACCACAGCAAGCAGUAGAGCUGCAUCAGUCUAGGAAGAGCUCCAGACAAGAAGGAAGAGCAUCCCCCGGUCAGCGCAGCACCCCAGACAUGGACCUUGAGGUCCAGCAGGUGGUGGGGCGACUUGCCUCACCGGUACUCACAAGUCGCAGAGAGGCAGCACAUGGUUCGGCUCAGAGUUCCCAGAGUAGCAGAGACGUUCAAGGGGACAGCAGGGCGGCUUAUGUUGCACACGCUACCGGUCAGCUGGACAUUCGAGCUCCUCCUUCACAGCACCCAGCACAAGCUGGUCAGACAGUGAUUCUGCCUAAUGGUCAGCCGGUUCUUAUGCCUCUGGACUCCCAUCCCCAUCAGCAGCAACAUUUGCAUCAGCAGCAGCAUUACGCAGGGCAGCCCAAUAACGAUGCUGCAGGAGAAUACCCCAAAGUCUCUAAUGCGUCUGGUGUUCCUGAGUGUCUGGUGGCUCUGGAGAUGCCUACCAUGCCUGCUGCUUCCCCGCCAUCUCACUUUACCAAGGGUGCCAUCAUUCAGUUGGCUACAGGGGAGCUGAAGCGUGUGGAGGACCUGCAGACACAGGAUUUUGUCAAGAGUGCUGAGGUGAGCAGUGGGCUGAAGAUUGACUCAAGCAUGGUGGUGGACAUCCGCGCUAGCUCACAGAGGCCUGGUCUGGUGGCUCUCCGCUUCGCUGUAGGUGAGCGCCAGAGCAAAGUCAGCAUUGAUGUGCCACCAGAGCAUCCAUUCUUUGUUUUCGGCCAGGGCUGGUCAUCCUGCAGUCCUGAGCACACCGCUCAGCUCUACGGCCUCGCUUGCCACCACCUACAAGUGGGAGACGUUUGCGUAUCGGUCACCCUUCAGCAACCAUCUACUCCCCACCAAAAGCCACCCUUGGUAUCCCAGCAGCCACAGCAGCAGCAGACCACACACAGCAGGACUUCCACCAAAGCCAACUCAACAUCAGGAGUCCCCUCCCAACCAAUGGGGCCUCCAGCACCCCAGAACUCACGGCCUCAGGGCCACCUCAGGACCGAGCGCAUUCAGCGGGAGAGGACCGAAAAGGACGAGUCCAUAAGGGCAGGUGGUUUGGGACACGGUGACGUUCUCCUCAGACCUGACAGGACUUCGGCAGAGCACACACGCAGCCAGAGCAGUUAUUAUUUGCACAGCGAGGGCCACCAUCCCUCGCAGAGGCGUUGGUCCACCCCUGGUUUCCAAAGAUAUCCCAUCAAGAGAGAGGAGGGAGGCCUAGUCACCCCACCGGGUUCCUCUCGUCCCUCCUUCAUCCCUCAGGAGGUAAAACUGUCCAUUGAGGGGCGCUCCAAUGCCGGGAAGUAGCAGCAAAUGCAGUAGCGGGAGGGAAUUGAUAAAUGUGUGGGGGGGAAAAGAGACAGAAGAAGCAAGAGAGAGAAUGUAGCCUCAGAAUGUUUUGAGAUUUUGCACACAUUGGUAGAUUACACAUAUAUUUUUUUCUUUUAGUCAUCGCAGGCUUGGAACAAAAGCACUUGGUGUAGUUAGUGCCAGUUCACUGCCGUCAGAAGUGAUGGGGAGACUGACCAUGUGCAUUGGCUGCUCUUGCUGGUAAAUCAUUGACCAAAGCCUUUACAGCCUAUACCUGUUUUUCAGACAGAACAUUUUAUUUGGCAGUUAUCACGUUGGCAAAGACCAUUUGCAACUCUUUAAAUAAACGUUCGUUAAAGGAUGGUUGUAGCAGGGGGGAGCGGGAUUCUGCCAUAGGAUUUUUCAUAAUCCUGCCAGUUGUUAUCUCCUACUUAGAUAUAUACAAAUCCACAUUUUGGUUUUGGACUACUUAAAAGACUACCAGGCGUUUCCUCUUUUUGAAUCUUGAUGAAUUCCCAUGUUGCUUUACACAGCUUGUGCUUCGACUGACUUUAAAAUCUCUUUAAAUGAUUUUAUAAGAGGCACAUUUAUCUCACUUCACUACACUUUAGCCCCUUUAUGGUCCCUGCCAUAUGUAAGAGUCAGCUAUGCCAAGAAUGCGUUGUUCAUAGGCUGAAAACGAUGGUCUCCUCCUUAAGCAACCAAACCGACCAAUCGAUAUCUAGAGACAGUUUAAAGAUGAGAGAUGGCUUUUGUGUUUAGUAUUAAGUUGUAAAUCAGCAUUCCAGUCAUACAGUGAUUUCUAAGCAUCAGUGAGUAGAAACCAAACCAAGAAACGCCCAAGAAAUCAAUGUCUCUGUUAGUAACUCACAGCCAGAUGUUGUUUUUUCCCCCCAAUCUGACUGUUGGACUGUUUGUUUGGUUUUUUAUUUCUAUGUUCUGGAGAGUGUUUGGCGUUUACCAAAGCCAUCACAACUUUCCACUCUAAGACCUAUCAGGGUUCAAGUUGCAGCUGCUGGCGACUGGCCCAAUUUUAAGGAAAAUCUGUUUUUUUGUUGUUUUUUUUGUGAAGGGGAGUCACCACAGUCGCUCGCAUUCCUUCAGAUUUCACAUCUCAGUAGAGCAAAAUCUGCAAAUCUUUUAUUGUGACUGUUUAAACUGCUCAUGUUGCAGACGUUACAGCUGCAGUCUGUCCGAUGAACAAUCCCUGCUAUUAUCUUCAUUCCUUUCGAGUGAUGUAUUCCUGACCAAUAUUUUAACAGUUCUUAUACAUGUUCAACUCCUUUUGAAACAGCAAUUUACGUGUUAGGAGGAUCAGAAUGGUGACACGCACCAAAAUAGAGGUUCUGGUUAUCUAAGCACACCUUCUAGUUAGGUUUGAAUUUUAAUUCCACACAGAGGGUUUUAUCCUCUAUUCUUUAUAGCUUUUCGAGUUGAGAUUUUUGUACA